AUGCGCCUCAUCAAUCUAUACACUUACGAGUUCAGAAGCUUCUACGGCAGCGAGAUCCCGCAAUAUGCCAUCCUCUCACACUGCUGGAGCGCGCACGAAAUCUCCUACGACAAGUUCUGGAGACAAAAGGCCAGCUUUGUCGAAUUCUGCCAGCACGUCCGGCGUCUAACCGGAAGCAGAGCAGUUCAUUCCAGCACAGGGUGCGAGAAGAUCGUCGGCUUCUGCCAAUAUGCUCGAAGUAGGCCUGCUCGAGCCUGGAAUGAAUCUGAGAUGGACACACGGGAGACCUGGCUGGAAUGGGGCUGGGUUGAUACUUGUUGCAUCGAUGUUCGCAGCAGCGCUGAAUUGUCUGAAGCUAUUCAGUCUAUGUACCCGUUUUACGAGUACGCUGCGGUGUGCUAUGCAUAUAUCGCAGAUGUGCCUGCCGGGGCAAAGGCUGAUACAGACUCUUUUUUCAACAGUAGAUGGUUCAGACGAGGCUGGACUUUGCAGGAACUACUCGCGCCUUGGGAUGUCAUCUUCUGCAAUGAGCAAUGGGAGCUCAUGGGACACAAAUGCACACAUGGCCCAGCGAUACAUGACGCCUGCGAUCUACCGUCACACCUGAAGCUUCAAUUUGGCGACUCCAUUAAAAAGCAUAUUCAAAAUGCAUCUGGAAUUGAUGUCAAGUAUCUACUAAGUCCACAUGCUCCUCUGGCUGCAAGUGUGGCAUGUAGGAUGAGCUGGGCCGCACAGCGAGAGACCAAAAGAGUGGAAGACCAGGCUUAUUCCCUGCUUGGAGUUUUCGAUAUCAACAUGCCUAUGUUGUACGGAGAAGGAAGGAAAGCUUUUCUACGACUGCAGCACCACAUUCUUCAAACCUCCAACGACUCUUCCAUAUUCGCCUGGAAUCGGGAUUCUGUCCCAGGCCAGUCGAUGGUUGCGUCUAGCCCGCAAGACUUCUCAGGAUGUCGGGAUGUGUACCGUGUCGAGAAUGGUCGAGCUACCUUCGACCUCACGAAGAAUGGCCUUGAGUUCCGUGGCACCGUCAUAAAACGGAAUAGGAGUUUCUACGUGAUCAGGCUGGACUGUGUCUCGCCAGGCGGAACGCUAAUCGAGGUGGCCAUUCCGAAUGCUAUGACAAUGAACGAUGCACAAUUCCAGCGCUUGAGCUACGGUUCUUACUUGAAUAAAGCAGCCGGAGAGAAGCAUUCGAACACGCAACAGGAGCCGGACCAGGCUGACUUCCUCUGUCUACGAGCCUCGGAGCCCAUGCCGGGACCGCAGAUCUUGCGACAACUAUGCCAUGAGCUCGAUGUGGCGUUUCUUUCAAAUAGCCUGCAAGGGCUCUCCCAAACGGUCGCCCAAAACUUUCUGCGGGAUGUUGAUGUAGAUGACCUGAAGAAGCACCCCGUGUGGAAGCACAUCGGCUGGGUUUAUGACGCGGUUGCAGGAAGAGCUCUGGAUCACGGCCAACGCGAGGGUGCCACUGAUGUCGAAGAGUCAAACGCGGAAUCGUGGCACGGUAUCUUGGAUAAGGCACGUCGAUUGGCUAGUGCAGCCAAAAGGCACAGCACGCUUCCUCGCCCCAUCCAUCAACCUCCCGUCCUCAAUAAUGGCUCGCUCAUGCCGCGCCUUCCCAAUCUCACCGGCGACAUCCCUAGCCACGACAUCAAACAAAAACAGCUUGCCCUCCUUUCCAAGAAAAGUCGCAGUGACACUGACAUCCUCUCCAACCUGCGUGGCAGCCGUAUGCGUCAUAUCAACCCGAACACCGACGGACAACUGUCCUGGCGCUAG